CGUGAUUAAAGCUUGAGCUUUCGCUGGAAGGGAUGGCGGAGCGGGGAGCGGGGUUGCUCCUCUCUCUCCUCUGGUUCGGCUCGCUGUGUUCGCUCGCUCCUGCUGCUUUACACCCACACAAAGUGAGGCAGUUCAGUCCUUUCUGGUUCUCCGUGGAGCCCUCAGACACGUUGGCGGUGAGGGGAUCACCCGUUCUGCUCAACUGCUCCGUCUACAGCGAGCUUCCGGCCAAGGUGCACUGGAAAAAGGACGGUUCGUUUCUGAACCUGGCAUCGGACGAUCGCAGACAAGUCUUACCCGACGGGUCGUUGCUCAUCAGCUCUGUGAUGCACUCUAAACACAACAAACCUGAUGAGGGCGUGUACCAGUGUGUGGCCACCAUCGACAGCCUGGGCACCGUCAUCAGUCGCACAGCAAGACUUAACGUAGCAGGUACGCCCCGUUUCUCCGGGCAGCCCGAGGCGAGGUCGGUACGACUGGGAGACAGCCAGGUACUGAGCUGUGAGGUCAAUGCAGACCUAAUGAGCUUUGUUCGGUGGGAGCAUGAGAAGAUGCCCGUGCAGCUGGAUCAGAGGGUGUACACGUUACCCAGCGGUGCUCUGGUCAUCAGCAACGCCACAGAGACAGAUGCAGGAUUGUACCGGUGUGUGCUGGAGAACGCUGGACCCACCAAGACCAGCGACGAGGCUCAGCUCCACAUCCUGCCUGAAACAAUGGAGGAGCAGAGACUAGAGUUCCUCAGGCAGCCGGUCUCCGUGUCCAGGGUGGUAGGAGAGGACUUGCUGCUCCCCUGUGUGGUGAGUGGAUUUCCGGCAGCCUUCGUCCGCUGGACGCGCAACGAUCAGCCUAUCAAUGACAGCGAUGGGCGCUUUCAGCUGCUCGGCAGGGGAAGCCUACAGAUCUAUAACCUUACCGAGGAGGACGCUGGGAUAUACAGUUGCCUGGCCGACAACACCAACGAUUCCAUUGAAGCACAGGCUGAGCUCACCAUGCAAGUUCCUCCACAGAUUCUGAAGAAGCCAUCCAACACUUACGCUCACGAGGCUACGGACAUCAUGUUUGAAUGUGAGGCAACUGGCAAGCCUGCACCCACUGUCAAAUGGGUCAAGAACGGAGAUGCUGUGGUUCCCAGCGACUAUUUCAGGAUUGUUAAGGAGCAGAAUCUGCAGGUGCAGGGUCUGAUGAAGACGGACGAGGGAUUUUAUCAGUGUCUAGCAGAGAAUGAAGCAGGAAAUGUACAAGCCAGCGCUCAUCUCCUCAUUCUAGACAAAGGCUCCGGAGACAGCGUCGUUCCUGGCCCCGUACCCUCGGCCCCCCGUGAUGUAGUGGCCUCACUCGUCUCCACCCGCUUCAUCAAGCUUACCUGGCGUCAGCCGGUCGAGCCCCAUGGCGAUGACAUCACCUAUUCUGUCUACUACGGUGUGGAAGGUGCUAAGAGGGAAAGAACGGUGAACACCAGCCGGCCGGGUGAAAUGCAGGUCACCAUCCAGAACCUCAAACCAGAUACCAAGUACUCAUUUCGUGUGGUGGCCCACAAUAAACACGGCCCAGGAGAGAGCUCAGCGCCUCUGAAGGUGGCCACCCAGGCAGAAGUACAAGUACCAGGACCUGCUCCUAACUUCCACGUCACAGUCCAGUCACCCACAUCUGUCCUCCUGAGCUGGGACAAACCCCUUACUGGAAAUGGUGACAUACAGAACUACAAAGUGUACUACAUGGAGAAAGGACUGGGCAAUGAAAAGGACGUUGACGUUAGUGGACUCUCUUACACCAUGACCGGACUGAAGAAGUUCACAGAAUACAACUUCAGAGUUGUGGCCUAUAACAAGCACGGACCUGGAGUCUCUACAGACGAUGUGUCAGUGCGGACCUACUCGGACGUCCCCGGUGCUGCGCCGCAGAACCUGACCGUGGAGGUGCUAAACUCGAAGAGUCUCAUGGUUCGAUGGCAGCCCCCUCCAGGAGACGCCCAAAACGGAGAGAUCACGGGCUAUAAGAUCCGCUACAGGAAGGGCCAGAGGAAGAGCGACGUUUCUGAAAUCAGCACAGGAGUCCAGCUCAGUCAGCUUUUAGAGGGUUUGCAGCGUGGAACAGAAUACACAGUGCGUGUGGCAGCCAUGACGAUGAACGGUACAGGACCUUCUACAGACUGGUCCACUGCUGAGACCUUCGAGAGUGAUCUGGAUGAGUCUCGAGUACCUGAUGUACCAGGUUCUCUGCAUGUCCGGGCUCUGGUGAACAGCAUCGUGGUGAGCUGGUCUCCUCCUUUAAACCAGGACAUUGUGAUCCGAGGUUACAUCAUUGGCUAUGGAAUAGGCAGCCCACAUGCUCAGACCAUUAAAGUCGACUACAAACAGAGAUUCUACAGCAUCGAGAACUUGGAUCCCAGCUCGCACUAUGUGAUCACGCUGAAGGCCUUCAACAAUGUGGGGGAGGGCAUUCCGUUGUACGAGAGUGCUAACACGCGACCCCAGUCAGUACCAGACCCCAUUCCCAUGAUGCCUCCUGUGGGCGUUCAGGCUUCAGUUCUGAGCCAUGACACUAUCAAGGUCACGUGGGCAGACAACUCGCUGGCUAAGAACCAGAAGAUCACCGAUGCACGCUUCUACUCGGUACGCUGGAAGACCAACAUACCAGCCAACACUAAGAUUAAGACCGCCAACACUACCAACCUGCAUCACGUGGUGACCGGUUUGAAACCCAAUACCCUGUACGAAUUCUCCGUCAUGGUGACCAAGGGCAGAAAAAGCAGCACUUGGAGCAUGACCGCUCAUGGAACCACCUUUGAAGCAACGCCCAGCUCUGCCCCCAAAGACGUGACUGUGGUCAGUAAGGAGGGACGCCCACGCACCAUCAUAGUCAACUGGCAGCCUCCGUCUGAAGCCAACGGCAAAAUCACAGGUUACAUUAUCUUCUACAGCACUGAUGUGAAUGCUGUGGCCCACGACUGGGUUAUUGAGCCUGUGGUGGGGAACCGGCUCACCCAUCAGAUCCAGGAACUGACCCUCGAUACCACGUAUUACUUCAAAAUCCAGGCUCGAAACUCUAAGGGCAUGGGACCCAUGUCUGACGCGGUCCAAUUCCGCACUCCAAAAGCUGAAGCUUCAGACAAAAUGGCUAAUGAUCAAGCUUCUGGGAUGCCGUUGAAACCAGGCAGAUCUCCUAUGCCGGAUCCUGGCAUUGGAAAAUCAGGAAUGACUGGAGGGGACAAUCACAUCCUGGUGAUCGUCAUCAUCGUGUCUGUGGGAGUCUUCACCAUCAUCGUGGUGGUGGUGGGAACGUUCCUCUGUACACGCCGUUCCACCUCCCAGCAGAAAAAGAAACGAGCUGCCUGCAAGGCCACCAAUGGCUCACACAAGUAUAAAGGGAACUCCAAGGACCUCAAGCCACCCGAUCUGUGGAUCCAUCAUGAGCGAUUGGAGCUUAAACCCAUCGAUAAGUCGCCCGAGCCCAACCCGGUCAUGACGGACACCCCAAUCCCACGCUCCUCUCAAGAUAUCACUCCUGCGGAUAGCACCAUAGAUCCGAUGCUUCAGAGACGAAAUUCCUUCCGUGGCCAUGAAUCAGAGGACAGCAUGUCUACAUUGGCAGGUCGUCGAGGAAUGAGACCUAAAAUGAUGAUGCCCUUUGAUGCGCAGCCCCCUCAGCCUGUGAUUAGUGCUCACCCCAUCCAUUCGCUUGAUAGCCAUCACCACCAUUAUCACCUGGGCAGCCUGGCCUCCCCGAACCGCAGCUAUCUGCAUCAUGCUAGCAGCCCUAGGCCCAUCGCCUCUUCCAUCUCUCAUCUAGACAGGGCCGACUCUUCAGAAUCUGGGAGAAACACUCCUCCCAGUACAGACCUGCUGCCAGCCUCAGCUCAGCCCUCCUGCAGCCUGGACCACUCAGAGACCGACAUCAGUUACCACAGCUCUGUUGCAGAGGAGGAGCCCAGUUACCCCCCAACGGCACACGUGCGCCCUACCCACCCUCUCAAGAGCUUUGCCGUGCCUGCUGUGCCCGCCCACGGCCAAGCCUACGAGGGAGUCGCACUGCCCAGCACACCGCUGCUUUCGGCUCCUCACUCGGUCAAAACAGCCUCCAUUGGGACGCUGAGUAGGACGAGGACACCAGUGCCAGUCACCGCACCCAACAUACCGGACGUGUCAGAUGGCAGCAGAAUGCUGGAGGAAUGCGAAAAUAAGUACGGGAAGUAUGACAAGGACGAGCUGUCGGAGGAAAUGGCCCACCUAGAGGGCUUAAUGAAGGACCUGAACGCCAUCACGAGCUAAACAUCUGAGCACAAGCCCAAAAACACCCUCUUCACACAUUCAUAUACACCAUGGUACCAACCUUACCCACGGGGUGAGGACCCGCCACGGUACGGACAAGUUCUCUACAGAGCAGAGACACAAAACUGAUUUACAACCCUUUCGGCUUACCUUGCAAACUCUCAGGAAGGAAGUGGCCAUUUAAAGGACUGAAGAACAUUCUGAUCGCCGAUUCCUUCCACUUUUCUUUCUAGCAGAAAAGUGAAUUGCUUUUUUAAUUGUUAUUAUUAUUAUUUUCUCACAACAUUCUAAAGAGACAAUUUCUUAUCCGACUAGGGAAAAAAAAGAAAAUACAAUUCUGGUGUUUGUGCUGGUGCUGGCAAAGCACAAUUGUUUCAUACAGUGUUUCAUUUGUGUUGUUUUUGUAUCUCUAUAUAUAUCGCCUGUUACACUGAGCUGAACAUUGGAUGUUGCCUGUUUUAUUUUUAUGACUCAUUUUGUAUUACACUAUAUUUUGAUUUAAAAUGUUCUCUUUUGUAUGUUUAUUGUGCCAUGCUAUUAUUUUUUUAUGUUUUUGUUUAUCAUUUUAUAUACGUACACACUUAUAGAAAUGUAUAUAUGGUCAAAACUGGCUCGUUCUUCUUGCAAAGUAGCAAUUUCUAUACCUCCAAGUUGGCACCCAGUUUGAUAAAAAAAUAAAUUAUUAUUUUUUCCAAUUCAGCCGUAGCUAGUAUCCACUAACUAACCUAAACGAGGGCUAAUGUACUUCAUUAGAAAAAAAAAACUAGUCAACCACAGCAUCUAUUGAACUGCAGCUUAUGUGACACUAACGACCCGACAGGAAUGUCAUUCUUUUCACACGAGAGCAGACGGAGCAUUCAGCAUCCACAUCACAGCAAAAAAAACAACAACUUAAAAACAGAACAAAAGAUGAAACAUUUUGCUAUGUUUUUACUUUGCUUAAUGGUGCAGCAGAUGUCAGCAGUGUUGUUGCUGCAAAGCUUCAUCACCCCAGGUUUCAAUUCUAAGCUCGCUCUAUUGUCUGUGAUUUUAGUUUGUUCUUUGUUGUCAGAGAAUUUCCUCUUGGUACUCUGGUUUCCUUCACUUCUCCGGGAACAUCAGUUAAGAACAUGGCUCAGAUAAUUGUAGUGAACUAAUACCUUGCACCCAGUGUUUCAGGGAUAGGUUUUGGAUCCACCCUGAGCAUCAUAAAGCGUAAUUGUAUACAUGAAUAAAUCAUUUUAUUAAUUGAUUAAUUGGGCCAAUUUGGAGAAUGUGCUGAGUGACGUCAAAGGUCAUAAAAUGUGAGGUUGAAUUGUUUAAAAGAUAAAUCAUUUAUUUUUUGAUAAUAUGGGAUGCAAACUUCACAGAGGUCAAUGUUUAUAAAUGGGAGUAUUAAAAAGCCUUAUUCCUCAUGGAAGCACCAUGCUUCAGAUAGACUUAUUAGAGUAAUUUUGUUUUGCCCUUGGUACAGUUUUUUUUUCUUCUUUUUUUAAUGAACGGGGGUUCUUUUCAGAAUAAUGCCUUACACUUUUAUCAGUGCCAACACCCAGGUUUUCUUAUGCAUUGUUCCACCUGCCACUGUGAUAUAUUAACUAACUUUUCACAUUAUACUCUGGUUCUUCGGUACAGCUGACAAUGAAUGUAGCAUAACUUGCUUACAGAUUAUAGCAAGCGUUCUUUACCUGGGGUUUGGAACCUGCGAAAGGAUUGCGACUUGGUUCCUGGACGGUUGCAGGACAAGUUACACAACUGCAGUUUUACAGACUAUUAGACUAUUUGUUAAUAAUAGACUAAUUGACCAAUAAUUUAGUUUGGGAGUAAUAAAGUAUCUGUCUAUCAAUUUACAGGCCUGAAACUAAAACCAGUUGUUCAUUUGUGUUUCUAGGCUAAACUGUUUUUAACUCUUGAAUACACUUCACAGCAGCUGCACUUAGCCUAGCAAAAGAGCUGUUUUGUAGUAGAGUCAACCUGAAACAAAGGAAAAUGAACAGCAGAAAUUACAAAUAACUGGAACUCCAGUAGCUUUCACAGAGCCCUGGACUUGAUCAUAUUCAACAGCUUUGGGAUAAAUUGGAACGUCAAUGGCGAGCCAGGCCUUUUGUCCAACAUUUACGCCUGAGCUCACAAAUAUUUUGUCUGAAUAGGCAUCAGACUCACUCAGAUCACAUGGAAAGCCUUUCCAGAAGAGUAUAGGCUGUUGUAGGUUUUGGAAUAGGAUAUUCAACACGCUCAGGUUCACAUGCUUUUAACAAUGUGUUUAGAAAUAGGAAAAGGGGGGCAGCAUGUUGGCUAAGUGGGUAGCACUGUCGCCUCACAGCAAGAAGGUCCUGGGUUCGAUCCCCAGGUGGGGCAGUCCGGGUCCUUUCUGUGUGAAGUUUGCAUGUUCCCGUGUCCGAGUGGGUUUCCUCCAGGUGCUCCGAUUUCUUCCCACAGUCUAAAGAUAUGCAAGUGAGGUGAAUUGGAGACAUGAAAUUGUCCAUGACUGUGUUAGAUAUAACCUUGUGAACUGAUGAACCUUGUGUAAUGAGUAACUACCGUUCCUGUCAUGAAUGUAACCAACGUGUAAAACAUGACGUUAAAAUCCCAAUAAACAAACAAACAAAUAGGAAAAGGGAUGUGACAAGAUAGAAACCUCAAAAUGGGUUGUACUCUAGAAGAGGUAAAGAACCCCUGGGUAAUUGCAUUGAUACAGAUCUUACAUGACAUAGGAAAUGCGGUACACGCUGGAUCACUGUGCUGGGACUUUUUGUUGAGAAUUUAAUGAUACUCUGUCAAUACAGCACUUCAGGAUCUUUGGUACAGAACUCCCUACAGUCAUCUUUUGUUUCCUUUUUUUUGUAAUGUAGUCAUUUUAUAUGAAGAAACACUAUAUAAAAUGUCAAUGUAAAAAAUGAAAGAUGUCCCUGAUGGAAACUGUUUUCUUUCUCUCCCUUUACCCAAAGAAUCACAUCAUUUUCUUAAAUUUAUAACUUGUGUCAUAUUUUUUUGAAUGUUGGUACAAGCUGACAAACUACUACAGGUACACAUUGGACACAUUGAUUGAUUUAAAGUCAAUGGCUAGACUAGGUAUUUGGGAUAUUGGUAGCCAGUCAAACCUUUUUUGCACUUUUUCAAACUUCUGGAGGAAAAUAAAAACAUUUCUUACACAUCCUGUGUUUUCAAUAUAAAGCUAUAUUUGUGUAAUGUAGUGUCAUAGCUUAGUAGUAGACGGCUCGUCUUGUUUUUUUUUAUUAAUUCUUUUUCCUCUAACGGUAUUUGAGCGACAGGUUUUACUGUGUUGCAUACGAGGAAUUCUAUUGUUGCUUAUUUCUGUACAAAGAUUUUUUGCUGUCUGUAGAAUCUGUGGCUUUUUAAAAAAAUCCAAUCUUAAA